AUGGCGUCCCGGUGGCAUUGCGUCGUCCUGUAUGCGACGUUAUGUUUUAGCACAGGGUCAACGAAUAUGCUGCCGGUUUUCACUCAGGAUACUGACAACCUGGCGCUGUCAGAAAGCACGCCAGUUGGUGAAAUUGUUUACACGCUACAGGGAAGUGACCCUGAGGGUUUGCCGAUAAAAUACGGGCUUGUUGGAACCGACAAGUUCUCCGUUAACCCGGACACUGGGGAAGUAACGUUAAUUAAACCGCUGGAUAGAGAGAGGGAAGACACGAUAAAGUUCCUGGUGUCGAUAGAAGAUCGAGAUCCUGAAGGCAAGCUAAACCUCACGCAGAGUCAGCCCAUGACCGUUAUCGUUUUGGACGAAAACGAUAAUCCGCCUAUUUUUAAAAACAGUCCUUACGAAGUCGACGUACCCGAAGAUGAGAAAAUCGGGAAGACGAUCCUCAUGAAUAUUGAAGUAGAAGAUCGGGACUCCGUUGGAGACAGUCUGGAAGUUGGAUGUGUACCGAGUGAACAGUGGCCGGAAGCAUGUGAGAUAUUCGAAGUGUCGACCCUGCACUCCACGGCCAACCAGUACGCGGGCGCCUUGGUGCUGAUGAAACCAUUAGACUAUAAUGAGAACCAGUUCUACCAGUUCCAGCUGUAUGCUACCGAUGGGACACUAAAUUCCACAGCGCACGUAGAGGUGAAGGUUGUGGACGUUCAGAACUCACCACCAGUGUUCAGUGGGUCUUUGAGCGGUGCUUUAUCGGAAGACGCGCCUGUUGGGACAGUAGUACUUGUUAUCAAGGCUCGGGAUGCUGAUAGGGCACAACCCAGAGACGUCAAGUUGGAGCUCGUCACCAACCCUCUGGAUUUCUUCUGGUUGGACAGCAGUACUGGGGAGCUAAAGACGGCAAAACCCCUGGACAGAGAAGCGCUAGCUGAUCCAAACUCACCGUUAAAUCUAACUGUUCGGGCAACAGAAAUAGUAAACGGCGUACCGCUAGUCAGUGACCUGACGUCAGCAGUAGCGACGGUGACGGUGACCAUCAAGGAUGUAAACGACGAGCCGCCUCGCUUCAACCGGCGGGAGUAUCACGUCGACAUUCCCGAGAGCUUGCCCGUCGGGACUCCGCUGCCCAACCUGGAUAUGUUGGUCACUGAUACUGACCUUGGUCUGAACUCUGUGUUCACUUUGCGCCUGUCCGACGAGAUGGGUGCGUUCAUUGUUGAGCCAUCGGUGGCAACGGGAAGCGCUACAGUCACAUUACGUCUCAACACCAGUCUGGACUAUGAGGACCCUAAUCAGAGGAAGUUUAUUCUUGAGGUGAUAGCAGAAGAGCUGCAUACGUCGCCGCGUCUAUCGUCUAAGGCCAGCGUGACCGUAUCGCUGUGGGACGUGAACGACAACGCUCCUCAAUUCCCGGAGGAACCGCACGUGGCAACAGUUCCCGAGGCCGCUCCCCCGGGAACACGGCUGACAGCAUUGCGGGCCACCGACCGGGAUACUGGCCGAUUUGGAACCGAGGGUAUAGUGUACCAGCUCUCCGGCAGUGGGUCGGAAUUAUUCCGCGUUGACAACAGAAGCGGUGUCAUCACUAUUGCUGAGUGCCCCACGCCUGGUCUUCCGCCUUGCUUGGACUUCGAGACCAGAAAGGACUAUUUUCUACAGUAUAAGGCGACUGACGACGAUGGAGCCGGUCAGAUGAGCGUCGCGUCCUUGCAGAUCUCUGUGACGGACUCCAACGACAACUCGCCCAUCUUCCUCACGCCGGUCUACAAGGCAUCCAUCGAUGAAGAUGCUAUCAAGUUCGAGCCUGAAUUGCAGGUGCAAGCCCGUGACGUUGACGUCUCAUCUGACAUCCGCUAUUCCAUCAUCUAUCCGCCUCGCAACCCGUUCUGGAUAGAUCCUCAAACCGGGAAGAUAUCCGUCCGAGGUGAAAUUGGCUCCGUCAACUCCACAGAGGACAACCGCAUUGUGCUUACAAUAUUGGCAACCGACGGAGUCCAUAAUGCGACUUGCACUGUGGAAAUUACCAUCCGCGAUGUGAACAAUCACGCGCCAGUCUUCGAUACCGACAGAUAUGAUGCUGAAAUCGCCGAAGAUGUUCAAAUUGGAACUGAAGUAGCGGCAGUUAGAGCUACGGAUCUGGACAGCGGUGUCAACUCGCAGCUUCAGUACGCGAUACAGCGCGGCGCUCUCGACGCUUUCCGCGUGGAGCCCGACAGCGGGGUGGUCACCGUCGCCGCCAAACUGGACUACGACAAGCGGAACACCUACCGCAUACAGAUCGUCGCUACGGAUAUGGGAAUCCCAAGUCUAACUGGCACCACGGAGCUAACGGUCCACGUUAUCAACGUGAAUGAUAAGAAACCCAGCUUCACACCCAGUGUACAGAGAGCCGAAGUAUCAGCUGAUGCCGAGCCGGGCACCGUCCUGCACAAACUGGUCGCCAUCGACCCGGAUAUAUCGGACAGCAGCCAACUGCUGUUCGAACUGACGCACGAUAAGCCCGUACGAGCGGUCGACAUCAAUGGAAAAGAGGUGCCAGAAGAAGGCAUCUUCGGGUCUUGGUUCGAAGUUCGAACGAACGGCGAGGUAGCCGUUGCCCAGCAGCUGCAGAGGAGUCUCGCGGCCGUGCUGACGCUUCCCGUAGCUGUCACGGACAACUCUGCGCCCACUCUUCAACGGACUGAAGGGGAAUUGAUAAUAACAAUAGUUGACGUGAACCGCUACGGGCCUGUGUUCACGGAACCCGCGUAUUUAGAGAAGAUUCUAGAAGAGCAGCCCGUGGGGACAGUGCUUAACACUUACAGCGCGACCGACAGGGAGACGCCGAUAUCCGACAUUAUUAUAUACCCACCGAGUCCUUACUUCCAAAUCGACAAUGUAACGGGCGUAGUCAAAAUAGCGCAACGUAUCGACUAUGAAAAGGUGAAACAUAUAAAUUUCACGCUGGUGGCGUUUGACUCGGGCGUUCCCCAGCGCUCCACUUCUGCUUCCGUGUCGGUGGAGGUGGUCAACAUCAACGACGAGGAGCCACUGUUCGCAGCUGUUGCAUAUGAUGCUACGGUCAAAGAAAACUCACCAGCUACCACCAGUGUGGUUACCGUCACCGCUGUCGAUAAGGAUGAAGGUGAAUACGGUGAUGUAACGUACAGUAUAUCUGGGGACCUCUCUAAUAUGUUCUCUAUCAACUCGACUACCGGCGUCAUCUCGGUCGCCGAUGGUCCACUGAUAGACCGAGAGAAUAUAUCCGAUAUCUACCUACGAGCUAUAGCUAGUGAUAACGCGCCACCGCACAUUAGGAAGACUACGAGUGUACCUGUCCAUAUCAAAGUCUUAGACGAGAACGAUAACCCGCCAAUCUUCAGUCAGAAUGUAUACAAGAGCACGAUUGCGGAAAACCUACAGCUAAACCCUCCUGCCGCCAUAUUGCAGGUGUUGGCUGAAGAUAGAGAUGAGGGGGUGAAUGGGAAAGUGGAAUACACUAUUGAGGAGCAGAGUGAGCCUGGCACCUUCAUAGUGGAACCAUGGAAUGGCAUCAUUUACCCAGCUAAACCAGUCAGAGGCAAUUCCACUUACCAGUUGACGGUCCGAGCGUCAGAUGGUGUCCAUUUUGACCGGGCUAGAGUCGAUAUCGCAGUGCUUAGUGUGAACCGACAUAAACCCGUGUUUGUACAGCCUCCGCCUGAUCAGCGACAGUUGGAGAUACCAGAGAACGCAGCCCAAGCAGAUUACUUGAUAACUACAAUAAAAGCAAUUGAUGAGGACACCGGAGAGAACGGCAGAGUAUCUUACUACUUGAAGGUAGACAACCAGAAUGUUGGAGAAACUCAAGAGUUCAGUCUAGAUAAGGAUACCGGAGAGUUGAGGACUAAAACAUUCCUGGAUAGAGAACAUAAGGCGGAAUAUCAGCUGGUGAUCGCGGCGGUGGAUGGUGGUGAACCCGCGCAGUUCGAGAGCCUGCGCCUGCUCAAUGUAUUGUUGAUAGACGAAGACGACAAUGUACCACACUUCCUUCAGAAGCACUACCAGUUCGCGGUCAAGGAGAACUUGCCUAGUGGCGUCAUCGUUGGUACAGUGAAAGCCAUCGACGAAGACGACGGAGAAAAUGGCAAGGUUUAUUACCACAUACUGGAAGGCAACCGAGAGGGCGCGUUCAUUCUUGACAGGACGCAAGGCAUCAUACGGGCGAACAUGUCUUUCGACAGAGAGAAGCAAGAGGAAUAUACAAUGGUAAUAUACGCCAGCAAUAAUCCUUUACUAGAACACGCUGCCGCCAUUUUGAAUUCCAUAGACAACAGCACGGACAGCCAAGAUGGCAGCGUUACAACGGUCGGAAUUAAAAUUCUCGACGAGAACGACAACGAGCCCAAAUUUGAGCAGAGAGUUUAUUAUGCUGGAGUAAAACACACGGCCCGUGUAAACGAACCGAUUAUAUCAGUGAUGGCCGAGGAUCCGGACCUGGAAGAGAAUGGAACCAUCAUAUACAUGGUGGCGGCUUCACACCUGUACAAGUUCGGCGCCUCGCAGUCCAGCGGGAGUGUGGUGCCCUCGCCCUUCAACAUCAGCCAGGACGGUAUCCUAAUGACGACGGCCUUCAUGUCGGAAUAUAACCAGGACCGCUUCGUACUGGACAUCAUAGCCCAAGAGCUCGCCCCGCCUCACAGACAGGCAAAAGCGCAAGUCUAUCUAUGGAUCAUUGAUCGAUCAGCGCUGAUCCGUAUGGUAGUAUCCCGAAGCUGCUCAGCUCCAGCGGCUGAUGUACGGAAGCGACUAGAAGCAGCAGGUCAAGCUUUACUGGUCACUGGCAGGAGACUGCCUCUUGUACAGGCAGAUAGACGACAUGAUGACUGGUGCGAAAUCCAUUUGCAUGCAGUAGACCCCAGCACGUACCAAGUGCUACCCGUGGACAAAGUACUGGAAACCAUCGACUCCAAAUACGACGAGCUCAAAGACGUCUACCAGGAGUUCGGAGUGGAGACGCUUAUCGCCGCUAGCGCUACCUCUAAAGCACCGGACAGUUUCGACCCGGCACUCGCGACACUCAUAGCACUACUUAUAGUGCUGUUCACGGGAAUCGUCACCUUUGUGGUUGUGUGCGCCUGCCUUAAACACUGGGUUAUACCACCUCCAUCACUACAAUCGAGCAAAGGGGACAGUCUCGCGAGGCGGAGGAUACUGGAAGAGUUAAGCACCACGGAGAAUCCAUUGUGGUUGGAGACGAAGCUAAGGCCCUACGAAGAGCAGGAGUUAACGAUGAAUGUGUUUGGAGACCAGAACGAACAGUCCUUGUCGGACCAGCCACAGACGGACAACACGUACGCGACGAUCCAGGGCGGGCGCGGGGGCGGGGGUGCGGCGGGCCCGGAGUACGCCACGCUGCCCGGGGACUCGCCCACGCCGCUCGAAGCUGCACUUGGCUUCCAGGGAAGCACAUUCAAGCCUCCAACUCCCGACACCCCGGAGCCGCCACCUCGACCAUCAGGGCUUGGCCCGCCUUGA